AUGCCGCAGCUGGGGCCAAAGUACCGGUACAGACAGGAGGUAACACAUCUCAGCGAACAGAUGGUUUACCAAGAAGACGUGUGGUAUGACUACAACCUCCAACUCGUCCGCUGGGACCACCGCCCCACACACAAAGACAACCACUACAACACCCUGGACGCUAUCACCGAGAUUCACGACUUCAACACAGGAGUGGCUUAUGUUAUUUACAAAGACUUCCCUCGCUGCAACAUCUUUCCCAUACAGAACAAUACCUGGGAUGCAACUAGAAAUACGUCAACGUCAUCACUGAGACUGAAGCAGCCAGAGGAAAUGUUCAGCCUGGAUUCAUCGUAUGCUUAUUCAGGACAAAUGGAAGCCGUUCACCGUGAGAGUUGUGAUAACGAAGCCCUGUUAACACUUCCAAAUCCCAGAUGCCAUUUACAUCUAGGGGACGACGUCUAUGUGACAGCCAAGACAUGGAAUGGAAAACUAGAAAUUCAUGUGAGGAAGUACGAAGUAUACCCGAGUGGCAAGUGCUACCCAACCAAACGAGGCAUUGUGCUUACCUUGAAACACUGGCUUGAAGUGUCUAGUGUUCACGUGCAGCUGAAACAGCAGGGAAGGUACUCACACGUCCAUGUUGGAGGGAACAUGUACGUUUCCUGGGACGACAAUGGUAUUGAUGUGCGACAGUGGGAGAAUGAUCAGAAAAGUGGUAAUACAAGUUCUAUUUUGCCCGCGCAAGAAAACGUCGUGCAAGACGUGGCAAGGAUUGACAUUGCCGGUGCAGCCCGAGUGACCCCUCUACGUAUUCAGGAUCUGGAAGUUCACUGGGAUGAGAACAAUACGUACAUCAUUGGGACAUUGCUGUAUCAGGCCCCUCUCACCGGUGGCGCUGACCACGAGGUGAGCAUUGGUCAGGCUUACACAGCUCUGGAUACUGCGGUGACAAGCGGUCAACUGGUUCUUGGUGUUCCCCAAGGAAACACGGCAGGAAAGACAAAACAGAAGAGAGAGGUGACAGACAGCGGGAAGAGCGCGAACAGACCAGAAGAAAGGCCAGCCUGGGACAGGAAGCGACAAACUGACCAGCCAAUCCAGCCCAUCUAUUGCCCAAGUGUCAGCCUCGCACUUCUCCGCUUUCCCCUUGAGCAAGCUGUGUGCAAACCUGCCUUCCCCUGCAAGUUGUACUGCCAGACCUAA